AGUUGUUUAGCCUUGGUUUCAAAAUGGCCGCCAAAGAAACAAAAAAAAAUGCGAUUAGACAUGUCUGAAUAUAGAAUAGAGUUACUAGAGUAGAGACUACUCACUACUAGAGACAUUAGAGAGUCGAAUCUAGUUCUAGAAUUACUAUGUACUAGAAAUAGUAAAAUACUAAUAGUUAUGUAAUAAUUUUAAAAACUAUUUAUCUCAGAGGAAUAUUAAAAUAUUUGUAAAAUAUCUAGAUUCUGAUAACAUGAUUAAGCAUCAUAAUCAUGUCACUUGAAGAAUUAAUCUCAAUCACGAACAAUGCUGUUAAAUCUCUUGUAAGAUCUAACACUAGCUCACCAAAUAGAUCAAUUAAUGGUGCUACAGAUAAGCUUAAUUUUCAAAGUGUUGGUAGUCCUUUUGACAGCCCAAGAUCUGAUACUUCUAGUUCAAACAAAAUUGAUUGCCGAACCAAAGCUGCGAAGACAGCAUCUGAUUUGAAAGUCGCUGACCCGAGCAAAAAAAGCACACAGUCACCUACACAUUCAGAGUCAAAGUCAAUAAAUCCAGAUGAACCAGAGUGUAGUCAACCAGAAGACAUUACUGUGAUAGAGAUCAUACCAUUGGAAGAAAUAAAACCAGAAGCGCAUCAAAACAACAAAGAUCUGAAUACAAACUGUUCUGUAAGUGCAAUUGUAACUGACAUUAAAAAACGCCAGGAUUUAGCAUCCCCCAGAAGUACAAUUAGUUGUAGAGAUUCUAUUAAAUCAAAAAGAUCACAAAAAAGUAGUAAAUAUAAUGUGCAGUGUCAUGUGAAAAAAGAGCAUGUCUCAACAAAUAGUUCUCCACGGCCAGCUCUAAGUGACGCAGACAAAUCUAUAGAUAGGUUCAGUGUCAGUAGUGACCAACCAGAAAUAAUUGAUGUUUAUGAGAAGAUUAAAACGACAACUUCAGAAUUGUCUAGUACCAGUGGCAGUAGCGACCAACCAGAAAUAAUUGAUGUUUAUGAGAAGAUUAAAACGACAACUUCAGAAUUGUCUAGUACCAGUGGCAGCUUGAAACAGAUGGCUGACAAAGAGGAGUCGAGAAAUCUUCCAGCAUCAGACGAUUAUUUUAGACAGUACCUUGUAUCAGGAAAGUCUGAUUCAAAGAGUGCUGGUCUGAGACAAGGAAGAAUGAAGAGCUCUCCAGUUGAAGGCUUUCAAUGCAAGGUGAAUGAUGAUGUCUACAUCUCUCAGUUUGGUCUCACUGAUAAACAAAGAGAUUUAAAGCAGCAACUCGCAAAAAGAUGUGAUAGCAAGAAGCCAGUAAAGAAAUUUGUUCAGUCCAAAAUAGUGCAAGCCAAAAUCCUAACAGAUGAGGAAACAGAUCAGGAAUCUUUCAAACCAGAGGCCCACACCAUUCCACAUUCGUCUUCCAAUGUCGCCAUCACUGCUGCAGCGGCAGCAUCUGCUGCUGUUGCUGCUGCACAGCCCUUGUUGAAGAUUCAGCAUGAGCUGGAAACUAAAAUUGGCCAGCUGUUGAGCCAGAUUUCUGAACUUCAGGAAAAGAAGAGCGCUCGCGUUGGAGACAGACACCCUGAUGAGUCAGGUGAGCGGAUACAGUGGCUGGAGAAACAAAUGGCUGAAUUGAAUGAAAGGAGGAUGGAACACCUCGAAACUUUGCAACAGCAACAAUUUCAAAUGCAGGCUCAACUUUUGUCAAUGACACGUUCUCGUAACAGAAGUCCAGGAAGCCAUAUUACCUUUUCUGGACACCCGACCACGAGCCAUGUUCCACAGGUGAGCAUCAAAGAGAGAGAUCCAACUUUUGAGCAUCGCACUGGAGCAUCACAGCCUCCCCUCCCAGUUAACUCUGGUCUAGGUUACAGCAGACGCAGUCAGCCUUAUUACAACCCUGAGACUAUUAGCAAACAUCAGAGCUAUCUGAAUGAAGUUCGAGAGCUGCAAGGCUCACACCUUGAUACACCUGCACCGAGGGAUAAAAUACCCAAGCCAGCACCUUAUACCUUACUACAAGAACCAAACAAAAAUCUGGGAUUUCUCCAGGAAAUUCUAAAUCACAAAGAAACAGAGAAUCCUGACACAACAUUCAAUGUCAGGGGAGGAUACUCAUCACCUACGAUGCAGCAAGCUUUAGACCGCAACAACAGUGCUAGAGGUCGAAGGUCAGAGAAAAGUCCAGUAGAUACAGCAAGACGAUUGGUUAACACGUUGUCAGACCUGGAGCACGAGACGGCAGCCAGCAUCUGGACCAAUAAGUCUCCAGCACGCGACUCAGUUCUGAAGAGUCAUAAUGAACCUGCUCCUCUGGACCGUUAUCUGAAUUAUCCUCACAAUGAGGGGACACCAUACCCUAAACUUCACCAUCACUCGCGGGAGAGAAAGGCUCAGGAACUGCACCUGGAGAACCUGUCCGAGGCCAAGGCUGUAAUGAAACAGCUGGAACUGACCCGCGAGACACUGGAGAGCAACCUACAGCAAGUCUUGAGGUCAAGACGUGAUAUGAACAUAUUCACCACACUGGCAAGUUCUUCACUGGAAAGUCAAGUCGAGGAACAGAAAAAAAUUGAAGCCAUGGUCAACAAGAAAAUUUCAUCUUUACAAGAAGACAUACAGAGAGAUGUGCUGAGAGGUUUAGCACAGCAAGACACAGACAUCCUGGCAACAAAAUUUGAAGUUCCGAGACAGAAGACUGUGGCUAGGAAAGGGCCAGCUAAACAAGAAAUUAACAGAGGGAAAGCUCAGGCUGAAUAUAUGGCCAGGUUGGCUGUCAGCAAAUCAAAUGUUCCACACUAUACAUCUGAUAUGGCUUCCAGAGGCAAAGAGAACCGGACCAGUAAAGUCAAGCCUCCACCUAAAGUGGCUAUGAUCAAAGAUGAAAAGACUUUAACUAGAACUUACGGUAAACUCGAGCACCAGAGAGGCCGCACCACCAUCAGAGAUCCAUAUCUACAUUUUAAAAACCCAAAGACUGGACGAGCUGCCCGGCCAGCACCCGUGAAUGAAUCUUUUGUGAGUGGUGAAGGAAGGUCCAGAUCACCACCAAGACGCCAUCAUGAAAAUCCACUUGAGUCUCCAGCCCCUCGACAGUUUUACUUCAGCCCAACAAGAGGAUACAUUCCAUUGGGUGCUGGUGACACAGCCCCUAUUCCUGGUCAAUUGAUUCACAUGGCUAUUCCGCUGGGCCAGCCUCGUAUGGAGCCAGGGGUCAGGAGGUCAGAGAUGCCAAUGACGAUGACAGGAGCAGCUAAUCCUGUGACAUCCACCCCAGUUCCUGUAACAGCUGCUAGAAAUGUCGCACUGAUCUCUUUCCCAGUUGAAGAGGAUAAGAAAAAGAAAGGGAGAGAACCUGAGCUGGCCAAACAGGUACUUCCACCCAUCGAUAUUGACUCCAUUUCCCCAUCAUCCUCACAAAGAUCUGACAUCCACAUCCGGAGUCCUCAGCAGGGCAAUGUAAACAUGACAUUCCUACAAGACAUGCAGGAUGAGAAGUCAGAGCUAGAUCUAGACAAGACUAUGAUAGAGGACAACUCUGUGCUGGAACAGUCAGGGGAAGGAAUCCAGCUGCCUGGCUAUGAGCCCAAAGUUUCAGAUCACUUUGGCCCAGAGUUCCCUCCCCCUACCAGCAGACCUGGCCCAGGCUGGGCUGCUGGUGAUGGCCAAGGAAGGCAGUCAGGUGUGUUAGUUUCAGAUGUAAUGGCUGAGGACUUGAGACGCAGGGAUGCCCUUGAAAACAACGCCAUCUACUGGUUAGAGCAAGAAUUGAUGGCUCGUGUCUUGUCACAAGUCAUGCCUCUCCAUCCCCAGCCAGACACUAACCCUGACUUGAAUGGAUCUGACGUCAGUGACAAAGAAGACUCCUUACUUGUAGCUGACAUGAUUGGGCAAGGCGGCUUGCAGCUGUUUAUUGAUGCUGGUCAACCAGUCAACAGUGCCCUGGUCCAGGCCUUGAUUAAGGAAGUCUUGCAAGAGAAGAUCAGCUCCAUGCUAGCCCAGAGGUCAGUGGAUGGACAGACACAGGCUGGAGAGGUCAAGAGUGACUCAGAGAUAGAGGCGAGGGGUCAGGAUGAGCCUCAGAGAGUGCCAACACCUCAGCCCACCCCACCGGCCUCACCAGUCAGAUCUCCAGGUCCAGCGCUGACCAGAAAUGUUGCGACACCUCCAGAGUCUCCACCUCCUGCAGGACACAAGUUUGUCCUGGAGGAAAUGGCGCCAGAGUUGACCCCAUCACUUGUCAGACUGAUCCAGUCCCCUCCUCGGCCUCUACGUCAAGCUGACCUGGAGUCUGAAACAGAGACCUCGGUAUCCAUUGAUAUAUCAGAGGAGCUUCGCAGAGUUGGAGCAAGCAAACAUGCGCCAGAGGAACCAGGUGAGCCAGUUAGCAUCAGGCAUGAUGUAGCCACACCCCCAUUCUCACCUGUGCCAGUCAUUCAGGCUGAGGCUCCUACCCCAAGAGUCACCACUCCACCCACUUCACCAAGACAACAGCUGCGUGCUACAGUGACCACCAAUGAGGUGAAGGCAGCACAAGAAGAGGAAGUUAAGGAAGAAGAGGAGAACAAAGAGGAGGACGAGGAGGACAUGAUUGAACAAGAUCAACCCAAACCAAUAAUGAUGUCUGUGGCCCUGGGUAGAGAUGAACCUAUGACCCUGGACAUGCCCGACACUGUGAAAGCUCCCUCUCCUACCCAGAAACCUCAGGAGGAAGCACCUGGCUCGCCUGAUCUGUCAUCGUUGUCGUCAGACUCCAGCUUGACUGAAACCAUCAACGAGGUUUUCUCGGAUGGCCAGUGGCUCUUGAGUGAAGGGGAGGCUGUCGGUGUACCACUAAAUCAUGCUAAACGGAAAGAGUUGUUGCUGCACAGAAAUCAUAGGUGCACUGGAGAUGUGAGUUCAGCCAGUACACUGAGAGACACCGAGGACUUGGCUGCGGAUGACUACGACUUACCCCAAAGUGAAGGGGAAAUACUCAUCACUGGAUUGCCUGCGCCAGAAGAAGACUCGAUGCUGGAUCUGUUGGCUGAGCUCCAGAGAAAUCCUUUUGAGGCUGCACAUAAAGAUUUACCAGGGCCUCACAUCAGACAGAUCCUGAGUGGUCCACAGCCCAGGAUGGUAAUGUCCAACACUGGCCGCAGUCUUGGAGAGAUCAGCAUUGGCCAGGUGCCUCCAUCUCAGAUGGCCAUGGAGACGAGGAAUAGAGAGAGACAAGUUACAGACCAAGAAGCAAAUCAUUUGGACAGUGACUCUGACUUGAGAACAAAAUAUACAAAGACUGAGAAAACUAAAAGUCAGGAUGAGCUCAGAAAACCUCACAGUCGAAGCCCAUCACCAAAAGUUGAUAGAAGCAGUAGGUCCCCAUCUCCAGGACAGAAGACGAGGCCCACAUUACCAAAUCAAAGGACCAGCCGCAGUCCAUCACCACAAAAGAAGCUGCAAAUAGACUCCAGGGGACGUCCACGAGCGGCACAUUUGCAAUACCAGCCAGUCCUCUCAGAAGGAGCACCUAAGCCCACAAGGGGAAAAACUCAGCUGUCAUUAGGUAGAAGAAGCAGUGACAGUUGGUUGUCACAGAACAGUGACAGAGGCAUGAGAGGCUCCAGAUCCAGUUACCUUACAGAAUCUGUCAGCAGAUCAGCUGAUAGUCCAUCCUUCAGACGAACUGGUGAAGGGGCCAUACUGACCUCCAGCCUUAAGUCCAGGAACUCUGCUGGCGUGAAAAAGUCUGUAGAGUUUGAUCUGUCUGGCACCUACGAGCGCACACGAGACUCGUCUGGUCCACUCACGGACUACAGUCAGUCCUACAGUCAGUCAUUCGGGAUGACAGACUCUUUAGAAGACUCACUAGAUGAAUCUGAACUGAAAAAUAUAGGGCAAAGUACAGAAUAUAGGUCAGGCGUGGAGAGGUUGACACUGAGAAUUCCUUCAUCAGCUGAUGGAGGAGACAGCGACCUCUCAGAGAUAGAUCUCACCAACAACAGCUAGAUGGACAUAGAUUGGACUUCAACAUAUAUAUGGGUAUACUGACCAACAGCAAUUAAUCAUUGGAUAUUUGACUGACAGCAAUUAGCAAUUAGUCUGGACAUUUGACCAACAGCAAUAUAAGACUGGACAUUUGAACAACAACAUUGAAAGUUUGGACAUGUCUGUAAAUAAAAAAUUUAACAUUCUUCAUCACCAUUGACAUUUGCUGAAUUUCAUUACCAUGGAAACAAAGACAGCUAGUUUCUCUGUCUUAGACUGUCAUUUUAGUUUAUGUAAAACAUAUUUACUGGUCUAUUUUCUGUUCUGAAUAUUUCUUAUUUUUCUUAUCUUAUAUUACAAGAGAGAUUGCUUGUUAAUUCAAGUGUAUAUGUCAGACUUACUAGCUUCAGUAAAUGAGCCUCUCAGUCUUGUAUCCUAUGUUCCUAACAUAUUCUUAUAGUCUUUUUAUAAACCUAUUAUUUAUGACUCUAUAGAUAUAUUUAAUGUUAUUUAUUAUCUUUUGAAAUAUAAUUUUUUUUCUAUUAUUUAUGUAAAACAUUGUAUGAAACCUUCAUCUUGAGAACCAUAUUCUACAAAUGUGAAUUAUUUUUUUUUUUUAAAUUUGUAUGAAUAUAAAUGUAUGAUAAUGACAUGCUAAUUAUUAAACCCUCAGAUCUAAGUUUUUAAAAAGCUUGUAGAAAGGUGAGUUUUCAUGAUGGAAUCUCAUAUUGUGUCACACAUCCCAGGCUGAGUGGGUCAUUGUCAUAGACAUUUCUGACUCCAGUUGUGUGUGCAUGUGUUUUCUGUUGUCUCCCCCAUGAGUAGUCUCAGACCACAGGGGACGUAACUCAUUGACUUCUGCUUUUCUCUCAGACAUUUGUGUGUAUUAAAUGUAUUGGCUUUUAUACAGACUGUGUCCUAAUACAGUGUUUCAUGUCCUAUUACUUUGUGUCUUUUGUCCUGUUUCAUUGUGACAUGUGUCCCUCCAAAUUGCAUGUAUAGAGUUCAAUAAACCUAAUAGUUCAAUCAA